AUGGCGUGUCUGCGGCAGCAGCAGCGGGUCCAAUCUCGCAAGCUAUCGACCUCGGGUUUCCAGAGUGAUCCUCUGCCACAAGAAAGCCGCGAUAAGGCACUGCAGCGGUCUGUAGUCGGAAGCAGCAGGCCACUGCAUACUUCCAGACCCUUGUGCCGCGAAGCAGACCAGCAACGACAAGCGGUGCCGUUAGGGGACUUCUACACCGAUAUUCUGGCAAAUCCAACUCCCAAGAAGUCGAAAGAGGAGACGAGCCUCCCUACGUUCGUCCAGUCAGGGGACAAAUCCAAAGAAGAGAGGGCUAAGAUGCUUUUUGGCUCAAUCGAAGGCUCAGGAUACGAGCGGCACACUUAUGACAAACCAGACAAUACGUGGCGGACUAUCAAUGGUGUGCCCGUACCUCCGAGGCCUGCUGAGCCGGACAACUGCUGCAUGAGCGGCUGCGUACACUGUGUUUGGGACGACUAUCGGGACGAUAUUGAGUCUUGGGCUUCGCGAGUUGCCGAGGCACAGGCGAAGUCGCCCAAGAAGCGCGCUCACGGGAGGACCCCCAAGAUCGAGAUGUCUAGGCCAGAGGUAGACAACGCCUCAGGCAGUAUGGACGACGACGGGGGCGGAAGCGAGGCUCUCUGGACCACACCUUCGAGCUCGACCGAUGAGGACGACGUGCUCUUCCAAGGCAUCCCCGUCGGCAUUCGGCAUUUUAUGGCUACGGAGAAGAGGAUCAGAGAGCGUAGACGUGCAAAGAGGGAGAAGGGUGCAUCGGUGGAUGAUUACGAGUGA